GGUGUUAACACUAGGAAGAUUGUAAGCUUCUUGGAAUACGUGAAUACAUAAAAAGUCAACAAUAAAUUGGGAAUUUUUGAACUGUAAGGCGCACAAAUGAAUGGGAAGAGGGAAGAAUAGCUCAGAAAUGCCCAACAAUCCGGAAGAAACGAGAAAUUUCCUGAUAUUUCUGGCUGUGUUUAUUGACAUAGCGACUGAGACGGUUUUGAAGGUUUUCUAUCAUGAAGUGCCAAAACAUACAUUCCAUUCGUUUGUUUCAACUGGAAAUAUUGACGGAAUAUUAAAAAAAACAUUAUCCAAAAGGCAAUAUUAUUUAGUUAAAUCUAAUAAAGCUGAUCCAGACAGAUUUGACUUUUCAAUUUUAUUUACACUGUUAAGAAUUGCUUUGACACCUCCUUCAGCUGGUUGGGACCAAAAACCAGCACCAACAGAUGUUUCUGUGGCUGCAGAUAUUUUACGUCUGCGUUAUUUGCGGAACAAAAUCGUUGCGCAUCGCCAUAAGGCAACAUUAAGCACGUAUGAUUUUAUUCGUUAUUUUGGAGAACUUGAGGCAGUUAUAUUUAGACUCUCUGGCAGUGAAGAACAGCAACACGUAGCUAAAAAAAUUGAAUCCUACAAAAAAGUGAUAUUGGAUUACUCCAAUAAAGAAUUCUACUUAAACAAGCCACAGGAAUGGCAUGAUGAUUUGCAGCAAAAGGUACAAGAGCUUCUGUCGGAAACAGAAAGCUAUCUUAGUUAA